AUGGCAUCCCCUGACGCCUUUCAAUCAUCGCCACUUCGAGAAACAAGACGCGAACGAGUCCAAAUCGAAUCCUCGUCCCCCGCCCUCCCGCCACUCCAAGAUCUCCUCUCGCAGAAGCCAAGUCGUCCCCCGAUCCGAAGUGGCAGCAAAGCCGUCCCCAUCCCAGACCAUGCUCCAUCAAGUUUCAUCUCGGCCCGUCAUCUUUGGACGUCAACGGAAGCAACUCAUGAUGCAGCUUCCGAGUCUGCGACCACAGCCAAUCGAGCGUCUGCAGAGCCCAGCGGGGCAGGUUUCAUCGCAAACGAUACCCAUGCUUCUGUGCAAGCACAGGAUGAUGAUAUUGUAAUUGUGCAAAUCUCCGGAAAGUCAUCCAGGAAGCCGCGGAAGCCAAGAGCUCCAAAGACAACUACACAAAAGAAAAAGGAGCCAGCACAAAAUGCCGCGGAUACUGAAUCUCAAAAUGGUGGGAAGGGCAAAAAGGCCUCAAAGGCCAACAAGAACGGGGACGAAGGUGUGGCAACGAAGCCCAAGGCAACAAAGCCGAGGAAGAAACAGACGGGUACUAUGAGUAACCACUUUACACCAGUUGCUGAGCCCGAUCUGCCUGCAAAUUCAAAGAAGAAUGACGUCCAUGAGCCGCUUCAUCUUGAACAAGCACCCGCCCGAAGGCUAGAUUGGACACCGCCAGCUCAAAAGACUGUCAUAAACAUCGAUUCGGAUUCAUCCGCAUUCAAACAACUUGCCUCUUCGGAAACUGGCCAGCCAAAGCCAGCUUUCAAGAAUCUCGUUGAGGGCUACGCUUGUCUUGAAGCAGCACACCAAGCACUAACAUUUGCAUCAGAUGAAGACUCGAGUUUCCUGAAAAAGCGGAAACUCAUAGAGCUUGUGAACACGAAGGAGGCCAACCCAGCGGCCGUUAUUCCUGAAAAGUCCCCCAAGAAAAAGGCACCGAAGAAGAAAGCUCGAACAAUCACGGGGCUUGCUACGGCUGCAUACAAAGUGCCUACCCAACCUGAUCCUGAUCCACCAACUGCCUCCAUAUUGGAUCAUUUCCAGGCCGCCGACAAUGCCAACACGUCAGCUACUGAGCAAGCAAAGAAGGCCAAAGGCAAAGCAAAUCCACGCAAGAGAGUCUCGAAGGUUUCAAAAAAGAAAGCGGCGCCGCCAAAACCUGUCUUACUGUCUCCAGGUGCAGCUCUCGCCCAGGUCGCAAACCAGGAUUUCGUCUUCGGUACCUCCAGCCAACUAGCCAGAGAAGAGUCGCCAACUGUCCUAAGGGACCUUCAGUCCGCUUUGAUGCAGUCAAACCAGGUCGAUGAUAUAGAUUUCGCUACGACCAUCAACAGCGACGCUAUUGAUCCACCUGAACAACGAACCAGCCUCUGGGACGCAGCCGCUCGAGACACUGAGGGUGACCUGUUUGAUGUCGAGGUGAUUAAUCUCACAGAAGACUCACCACACUUACCAGAAGAGACGCAUGAUGCAAACCCAUUUGGGUAUUUCAGAGGUGGCAAUCGGACCAGCGCUCCGGACAGUGUGGCUGAGAAUACUGUCUCUGAUGAUCAUGUUUCCUUCGCCAACUUGUCGGACCUUAUGCCUUCACCUACCAGAAAUCCCAGACAUGAGGAUGGCGAAGGAUCACCAUUCUUCUCCGACAGUGAUCUUUCUGCUAGCAUUGAACUGCAGCGGCCCGCCUCUGCGCAGACACAACCCCGUCAAGAAAUCCUUGCUCCAGCGGCAAAGCCUCUUAACGGGGAAGCAGAUGUCCGCGAACAGCCGCCUCGUCCCAAUUUUGAAAGUUACACGGAUGUUCAGCUUGCUAAAGAAAUCAGGACCUUUGGCUUCAAGCCCAUCAAAAGAAGAAGUGCCAUGAUUGCCCUUCUCGACCAAUGUUGGCAAAGCAAGACGCGUAUGGGUCAGGCAGGUGUCCACACAAGCACCAAGCGAACCUCUUCGGCCCCAAAGACCACAAAGACUGGAAGCCCUGUUUCUGCCGGAAUCGAUGCUAAGAGGCCCCGAGGCCGACCACGGAAAAACAGUCCAAGUGCUUCGGAACCCCAGGAACCACCCCCUUCUGCUCAACCACCAGAAACUCCCAAGAGACUUCGUGGUCGACCAAGGAAGAACAGUCUCGCUUCAUCAGUAGGCACAGCCUCUCCGACGAAAGCAAAAACUGCCCCAGCACCCAAGAAGCUGGCUGCAGCCCCCAAGUCCCCAAGGCGCAGGAAGGGAGCUGCCAAUCCUGUGAUUGAGAUUCCUGACUCCAAUUCAGACUUCGGAAGUGAUCUUGAUUCAUCGCCAGACUCUUCCAUGGACGAAAUGUUCUCGCCGCCUCCACUGGACUUGUCCCUUUCAACUGGUGACGAUACCGAGCUCUCCUUCACAGCAACUCAAAAUGAUCAAGAAGUCGUCUUGUUCGAGUACAUCGCCAAAGCUAUCCGGUCGGCUCCUCGCACUACCGAUCCGAUGGAACCCUCAUGGCAUGAGAAAAUCCUACUUUACGAUCCAAUCGUCCUCGAGGACCUCGCAGCAUGGCUCAAUACCGGUGAGCUCAGCCGCGUGGGUUAUGACGGAGAGGUCAACCCCAACGAUGUCAAGAAAUGGUGCGAGUCUCAGAGCAUAUGCUGUUUAUGGCGAGUAAAUCUACGUGGCAAAGAACGGAAGAGGUUUUAA